CGACUGUGCGAGGUGCGAGCACCGAGACUGCAAAGUUCGAAACGAACUUACAAACUAAUAAGUUUAAUCUUAAUAUCUUAUUGUGAUUUUUAAUUUACCUAUAAAAGUAUAGAACAUUAAUUUUAUAUAGAUUUGUAAAAACUAGUUUCAAAUAUGAGUAAACUAAACAAAUUCAUAAGUUACACUAUAAGAGGAGCAUUAUUUGGAGCAACAAUAUUUGGUUCAUCAGAAUUAGGUAUAUGGAAAGAUGGUGAAACAUCACGUGAAGUAGCAAAAAUCAUCAUUGCAAUUUUGACACCUAUUGCCAAAAAAGCAGAGUCUGAAAUGCCAGCACAAGUAAAAUCAUUGCCAUCUGUAGAAAAUUUAAAAUCCACAUCUACGGCGUGUUGGAAUAAAGGUGUGUACAACGCUGGCGAGUUUGUUAUUGAUGUACCUAACAAAUGUGUCGUUGCAGCGAAUAAAGCGUAUCAAUUGGUUGAGAUACAAGUGAAUAAAUCUAAAGAAAAUUAACAAUGAUCUAUUAUCAUAUAACGUAAAUAAAACGAUAUAUCGUGCUAAUAUUCAAUAGCAAUUUGUUACGUAACUAUUUAUAAUUAUUUGUUUUUGUAAGACAUCGAGUAGAUAAUUUGUUAAAUUGUUUUCUCCUUCUACCAUAUUUAAAUCCUUCAAUAUUAAACAAUUAUAAUUAUAAAAUAAUUAGUUUUGAUUAUCAAAUAUAACAUUGGCCCUCAAUGUAUUUAUGCCAUUUAAA